AUGUGGCAUGCUUGCCCCUAUCCUCCAUCAAACUCCUCGUUUGUAUUUCUUUUUCAGUUGGCUCGCCAGAGCAGCGUGGCGUACCUUGCCAGAUCUCUGGGCAGGGCUUCCUUCGUAGACCCCUCCGUGGUCGCCACUGCCGUACAAUCGCUCUUGGACUGGGCAGGGCAGUACCUGGACCAGCACGUGGACGAGCACGUGGACGCCUCGACAGCAGCGCCGGUACAAGCGCGUGGAACUCCGAGCUCCAAGGGGUUUGAGACCCCUGUGGCGACCCGCGUCCGGGUAAGGCCACGGUCCUGGCACGGAAACCACCCUCGCCGGAGCGCUAACGGCGGCGACGGCGGCGGAAUGAUGCAGGCACCGAUGUCUGGGGUGUCCUCGAGGUCGGGGGGCGGCGGCAGCGGUGGGGUGGGCGUCAGGAGCAGCAGGAAGAGUCGGCUACCGGACCACACGCUGUGCUACUCGGUGUGCCAGGCGAUGUUCUACGUGAUGUGCUUCUGA